GAAGGCGAAGGCCAAGUCUUUGUUAGGAAUACGACAUGGCAGGCGUGCAUGCCGAGCUCGAUUAGAGAAAUUUUUGUUUUCCCGUUAACAAAAUCACAAAGGCUAGAAAAUUGAACGCGUUAUUAUUUAUAUGUGUAUAUAUAUAUAUUUGAGUAUUAAAGAAAUUAUAAGUAAAGCAUUCAUUUAAAAUUCUUUUAUAUAGAAUAUCAAAUAUUAGUGCAUGAUAUAAAAAUUCUUUCGUCUGUUACGAAUCGGAAUUUGGAAAACAAAUAAUCGCAAAUUUCAUUUAAUCUUAAAAUUUGUUAAAUUAAGUAUGUCUCCAGGAACAUCAUCCGAAGAUGUAUUAUUGAUGGUUAGUCACGUUCAUCAUAAGAAGAAUGAUGGCACAUUGUACUUAAUGAAUGAACGCAUAGCAUGGAUGCCGGAAGGUAAGGAUACUUUCUCUAUAAGCCAUAAAUAUGCGGAUAUCAAAAUGCAGAAAAUAUCACCUGAUGGAAAGGCGAAGGUGCAGUUGCAAGUGGUGCUACAUAAUGGAGAGACAACUACUUUUCAUUUUGUUAAUCCGCUGGGAACCAAUCUGCAAUUUCAAGAUCGAAAUAGCGUUAAAGAACUGCUUCAGCAACUCCUGCCAAAAUUUAAAAGAAAGAUCAACAAAGAACUUGAAGAAAAGAAUAAUAUUUUGGCAAAUGAUCCUGUACUUUUCCAGCUGUACAGAGAUCUUGUAGCUACUCAGGUAAUAACAGCUGAUGAAUUUUGGGCUAAUUAUGUAAAAAAACCCAAUCAAAAUGCAAAAACAAAGGUAGACCAAGAAGUAGGAGUUUCAGGAUCAUUUUUGAUUGGCAUUGCUCCUCAAACUGAUGGCUCCUGUGGUAUUAAAUACAAUAUAACUCCAGAAAUCAUUGAUUCCAUAUUUCGAACAUAUCCAGCUGUGAAAAGGAAACACAUGGAAAAUGUCCCACACAAAAUUUCUGAAAAUGAAUUCUGGACUAAAUUUUUUCAGUCUCAUUAUUUUCACAGAGAUAGAUUAAAUAUAAAUUCGAAAGAUUUGUUUUCAGAGUGUGCUAAAAUUGAUGACCAGGAUAUAAAGAAUGCUAUAGAUAAAGGAAUUCCUGAUCCAUUUGUUGAUGUGACAUCAUUUGAAGAAGAUAAUUUAAUUGAUGAUAAUGGUAAAGUUAUUGUGAGUGCACAAAAUACCCAAAAAGAAAUAAAUCAGUCUAUGAUUCGACGUUUUAAUCAUCAUUCCAUGAUGGUUCUUCAAAGCUGUUCCAAGAAAAAGUCAGAUGUUCCUGUAGAUGGUGCAACAAGUGCAAAAAAACCUGCUCUUAUAAAUAAUUGUGUUUCCAAGAAAAAUGCAUCAUCUGUUUUAGAAAUUGAAAAAAAUCCCAAAAAAAGCAUUAUAAAGCAUAAAAUAUUGUAUGAAGAUCUUAAUAAAGAUGCACAACAGAAUGUGAGUACAUUAAACUUGAGUAAAGUCAGCCGCUAUCUUAGUGGACCUACACCUAUUACAGAUGCUGAUAAUACUUCUCCUGAGGAAGUGUUAUUUGCAGUUGAUCAACUUAACAACUCUAUUCAUUCAUGGACUCCAGAUUUACCAAAUGUCCUUCGUCCUAGUUCUGCAAUUCUUGCUCUUGGUGAGUUGAUGCCUGGUGGCUCGUUAAUGAAAAAUGUUGAUGGCACACGAUUAAGUGAUACAGUACCAGUAGAAAUACAGAAUGAGAUGAAACAAUUAUAUUUAGCAUUAAGUGAAUUGCUACGUCAUUUCUGGUGCUGUUUUCCUACUACAACACCACAGCUUGAAGAGAAAGUAAUCUCUAUGCAAGGCAGUCUUCAAAGAUUUGAGUAUGCAAAAUUGCAACCUUUUCAGGAUAAACUGGCUAGAAAUUGUUUGCCAUUAAAUCUUACCGAACAUUUAAGAAGUCUUCUGCAGUCUGCAUAUAAAAAGUAUUCUACAUGGCAAAGCAGACUUGGUAGAUGAUAAAUGUCAUAUUUAUGAAUGCCUUUAGGUAGUGUUUUGAAAACAAAUUUGCAUUAUAUUCUCAUUAUCUGUGCAGUUCAUAGAAUGCUUUAUCAUUGCUUUAUGUUUUCCUUGAUUGUUGCUAAUGCAGCCUAUUGUUGAAAUUAUUUUAUUGUAUUGUAAUUGUUCUGCAUGUAUUGUGUAGGAUAGUGUCAAAUCACAAAAAUCAAACCAGGGUGUUAAUGAAAUGUUUUGUGAAAGGGAUUUAUUGUUGUGAGGGUUGUUAUAUGUUUGACAAAAAAGAUUAUAUAAGUUAAAUUUGGUUCAAAGAAUAAAAUUUUUGAACUUCAAUUUUGUAGGGGUAUGGUUUGAAGUAUAUAUUUAUGAAGUCAUUAAUGUUGUAUGUAUGCAUUCAUUGGUGUACAUAUUAUGUAGUAGGAAAUUUAUGAAAUUUUAUUAAAAUUUUAACAUUCUGUUUUUCUAAUUAUUUGUAUUUACAAGUAUUUUAAUUCAUCAAAGUAUGUUACACCUUUAUGAAGUCUUUUCCAAUUAUUUAAUAUUAUUUUUUCAGUAUGUACUUCAGUAUUUUUUCAGUAUUUCCUUCAAGCUAUAGAAAAAAAUUCAUGCCUGCAGUUGAUAUGUUAAGAAUUUAAUGCCAAUUAAUCUGCAUUUUAUUUUUUUCAAAUGGAUAUAGAACUGAAAUAUAUAUUCCUGUUUUCUCUCUGACAUAAUUGUUUAAUUUCCUGAUUAUUGAUAUUAUUCUUAUUUUUUUUCAGUGCCAAUAUUAAGUUUCAUCAAGAUAUGUGGAAAAAAUCUUAACACAUAUAGCAGUCAUGCUAUUAAAGUAUUAAUAAAACAUAAUGUUCAAAAACAUUAAAUUUUUUUAUCCACAGAAGAAAAUGGAAUAUUGUCAUACAUGAAAAGUUUACCAGAAAAAUUAGUAGUAAAAGAAAAGUAUAUGCCUUUUGAUAAGACUUCAGUUUUUUAAUAAUGAAAAGUUGAAAAAUAAAGAAAGAGGUUGGUGUUUUCUAUUUAUUAGUUUAUGUUGCAUGUAUAUUUUGCAUUUAAUUAAGUAUUAAUCCAUAACAAUUUUUAGAUCUGGAGGAAAAAGUUGAAUAUUGAGAUAUAGGAGAAGUUUACUGUUAAAGUAAAUAAUAAAAGUACAUGGCUUGGAAUUAAAAAGUUUAAAAAAAAUAGGUUGAUGUUUUCUUUUUAUUAAAAUUUAUGUUUGUAUAUAUCUUGCAUUUAAUAUAGGAAUACAAAUAUAUAUAUAUAUUUUUUUACAAGGGUGUUAAUGAAUGGGUACUGUACUAUGGGUACUGUACUGUUAUUGGGACCACAUCCAGAAAUUGUAUGCAUGUAUGUGUGCACAUAUGUAUUUGUGUGUGUGUACACACACACACACACGUGCACAUACAUACAUUUCUGAAUCUGGUUCUGAUAACAGAAGAGUAAAGGACUGUGUUUAGUUGAUCAAGGUAUAUUAAAAAUUUUUAUGAUUAUCUUAUGGUAAAAACAUUUGUAUAUGUAGUUACCUAAAAUUAUAUUGGCAUAUUUUAUCCUAAUUUAUAAAUGAUUAUUUUUAAUUCUUUUGAAGGGAUGCCACAUGCUUGAGCAAAAGCAUAGAUUACAUUUCAUCAAUUAGCUAUCUGUAACAUUAUAAUAAAAAUUUCAUGUCUGCAAUAAUUAAUUAUAAAUGAAACCAGUGUCUUUAAUUGUUAUAUAUCAUUCAGUUUGUAUUCAAUAUAAAUAAAUGGAAAUUCAACCACAUA